GCCACAGGUUGCCAGAAACCAAGAUGGCGCAGUACAUGGAUCCCUCUCCGGACGCCGCUGACUAUGAUGAGGUCCCGGAUCUGUCGGAUGGUGAUGAUGUCAUCUGGGAUGAUGAGGAUGAUGGGGGUGGUGGUGUGGAGGUCCGCUGUCUGUUCUGUGACAGGACUGACCCAUCACCAGAAGACACCUUCAGGCACUGCAAGUCCCAGCAUGGCUUUGACAUCCAGCAGGUUGUCUCCCAGCACUGUCUUGACUUCUAUGGAUUCAUCAAACUCAUCAACUUCAUCAGAUCUACAGGCUGCUCUGCCGAGAGUCUCUCUACAGUCACCGACACCAAACCCUGGGACAAGGAAGAAUUCUUCAAGCCGGUGAUCCCAGACGAUGGAUUACUUCAGUAUGAUUUUGAGGAUAUAGACUGUGAUGGAGACAGAUGCCCCGGCAAAAACACAGCGGGUGCCGAGCCGUCCGUCAACGAGCGGGUACAGCGGGCGGAGAGCCGGGUGCAGGAGAUGGAGGCCAACCUGGCAAACGUCCUUCAGGAGCUGAAUAAGAUGAGACAAGUUGCGCAGGAUUUCGUGAUGAACGCAGAUGUCAGCCGCGGUUCGUCUUCCGCCAUCACGGACCUGGACGAGGGCGAGGACGGCGCGUACUUCGGCUCCUACGGGCACUUCAGCAUACACGAGGAGAUGUUAAAG